UCCCAAAAGAAUCCGCCAAAAGCAAAAUUCACAAGACAACAAUUAGUUGCGUCAAUCGAUCACUUCUCAAUGAUCACUAAAAUCGAUCAAAAACGAACGUUUUUCUAUUUUUAUCACUUUAACAUUAGCUUUAAAGAAGAUUUUACACAAACUUCGGCAAAUUGCCCUAAAUUAACUUUUGUCGAAUUACCCAUUUGUAUUUUGGUGAAAUGUAAUGUAAAUUGUUGUUUUGUAAACUUCGUUUUGUAAAAAAAUUUACUAUUUAAACUUACUUUUGUGAACUUUCAUUUGGCCACAAAACUGAUCAGUUUCUUUAUUUUUAACAUUUUUUAAGUUUAUUUUUAGUUAAAAAAUAGUUUAAGUCUGAAAUUUAACAAAUUUAAAAAUGAUUUUUGACGACGACGAUGAUGAUCCUCAAGAAUACGAGGAGAACGAAGACAUGCAACAUCCAAUGGAACAGGACGACGAAGAUGAUGAACAACAAGAGAUGCAGCAACAUUUGGAUGACGAUGAAGAGGAGGACGAAAUUUCGGCUGAAUUGUGGCAGGAAGCUUGUUGGGUGGUUAUCUCUGCUUACUUUGAUGAGAAAGGCUUAGUACGUCAGCAGUUGGACAGUUUUGACGAAUUCAUUCAAAUGAGCGUUCAACGUAUUGUUGAGGAAGCACCGGCAGUGGAACUUCAAACUGAGUUACAACAUACAACAGGAGAAAUUGAGGCACCAACCAAAUUUACUUUGAAAUUUGGCCAAAUCUAUUUGUCUAAACCUACUCAUUGGGAAAAGGAUGGUGCUCCAACUCCGCUUAUGCCUAACGAGGCUCGUCUUCGCAAUCUGACAUAUUCAUCACCUCUAUAUGUUGAUAUUGUCAAAACAAUUUCAAAAGAAGGAGAAGAGGAUAAUGUUCAGCAUUACAAUAAAGUAUUUAUUGGAAAGAUUCCAAUUAUGUUAAGAUCGAGUUAUUGUGUUCUUUCAAAUUUAACGGACAGAGACUUGACUGAACUCAACGAAUGUCCUCUUGAUCCUGGUGGUUAUUUUGUCAUUAAUGGUAGCGAGAAGGUAUUGAUUGCUCAGGAAAAGAUGGCUACAAAUACGGUUUAUGUUUUUGCCAUGAAAGAUGGAAAAUAUAUGUACAAAACAGAAUGUCGCUCUUAUUUGGAAGGGUCGAGUCGUCCAGCUUCUACACUUUGGGUCAACAUGACAAACAGAGGAGGUAAAUCAGCUAAAACUGCUACUGGCCAGAAAAUUGUUGCAAUAAUUCCAUAUAUUAAACAAGAAAUCAAUGUUAUUAUUCUCUUUCGUGCUCUUGGUUUUGUUUCUGAUCGAGAUAUUUUAGAACACAUUAUUUACGAUUUUGAUGAUCAAGAAAUGAUGGAACUUUUAAAGCCAAGUUUGGAUGAAGCUUUUGUGGUUCAGGAACAACAAGUUGCUUUAAAUUUUAUUGGUACACGAGGAGCCAAACCAGGUGUAACCAAAGAAGCACGUAUUCGCUACGCAAAAGAAAUCCUUCAAAAAGAAAUGCUUCCACACUAUUUCCUCGGUUAUAUGGUACAUCGUCUUUUGUUGGCUGCUUUGGGACGUCGUGAACUUGAUGAUCGUGAUCACAUGGGAAACAAACGAUUGGAACUUGCUGGUCCUUUGUUGGCAUUUCUCUUUCGUGCUCUUUUUAGAAAUUUGCUUAAAGAAGUUCGUCUGGUUGCUCAAAAAUAUAUCAACAAAAAUGGAGAUUUCAAUUUGGAUGUCUGUGUUCGACCAACAAUAAUUACUCGAGGCCUUGCUUAUUCACUUGCAACAGGAAAUUGGGGCGAACAGAAGAAAGCACAUCAAACACGAGCUGGCGUUAGUCAAGUCCUCAACCGUCUUACAUAUACAGCUACACUUUCACAUUUACGUCGUUGUAAUUCACCUAUCGGCCGUGAAGGAAAAUUGGCAAAGCCUCGUCAAUUACACAAUACUCAAUGGGGAAUGGUUUGCCCUGCUGAAACACCUGAAGGUCAAGCUGUCGGUUUAGUAAAGAAUUUGGCUUUGAUGGCUUAUAUUUCUGUUGGAUCGAUGCCUGCACCAAUUUUGGAAUUUCUUGAAGAAUGGAGUAUGGAGAAUUUGGAAGAAGUUUCUCCUCUCUCAAUUGCUGACAGUACAAAAAUCUUCGUCAAUGGUUCAUGGGUUGGCAUUCAUCGAAAUCCAGAUCAAUUAAUGGCUACACUUUUAAAACUUCGUCGUCAAAUGGAUAUUAUUGUCAGUGAAGUCAGCAUGGUUCGAGAUAUUCGUGAUCGAGAAAUUCGAAUCAACACUGAUCAGGGACGAAUUUGCCGACCUCUUUUAAUUGUGGAGAAUGGAAAAUUAAAGUUGAAGAGACGACAUAUUGAAUUAUUAAAAGAACGUGGGACGGGUGAACAACAAUUUUCAUGGUCUGACUUGGUUGCUGGUGGAGUUGUUGAACUUAUUGAUGCUAUGGAGGAAGAGACUAUAAUGGUUGCAAUGGUCCCAGAAGACUUGAAGGCUGGUGGUUAUUGUGACACUUACACUCAUUGUGAAAUUCAUCCGGCAAUGAUUUUGGGUGUUUGUGCUUCAAUUAUACCAUUUCCUGACCACAAUCAAAGUCCAAGAAACACAUACCAAAGUGCUAUGGGAAAACAAGCGAUGGGCGUUUAUACAACAAAUUUCCACGUUCGAAUGGAUACUCUCGCACAUGUUCUCUAUUAUCCACAAAAACCGUUGGUAACAACUCGUUCAAUGGAAUAUUUACGUUUUAAUGAGCUUCCAGCGGGAAUUAAUGCAAUUGUUGCAAUUCUUUCAUAUGGUGGAUACAAUCAAGAAGACUCGGUUAUAAUGAAUCAAUCGGGAAUUGAUCGUGGCCUUUUCCGUUCUGUUUUCUACCGGUCUUAUAGAGACCAAGAAUCAAAUAUCGACAAUGUUAAUGAAGAAUUGAUUGAAAAACCAACGCAUGACAAGUGUAAAGGUAAAAAAUUUUCAAGGAAAAAUGGAUGGAUUUUUUUAGAGUUUUGGGUAUUUACUGGCGCGGGGAUAAUCUUACAUACGGGAUUAGGUUGUUGGUUCUUGUAAAAUCUCUCAAGAUUC